AUGGUCGGUGAGCGGUAUCGUGAGCUGAUUGAUGCAGCGGAUACCAUUGUUGAUAUGAAGAAGUCCGCACAUAAGGUUCUCUCUGAUGUAUCACACAUGCAAUCACAAUGCUCAUCACUACACAAGCUUCAUCAGCAGCACUCUGUGGCUGCCAUUACAUCAGAUCAAGAUCAGGCGAAGCUGGCUGGGCGUUUAUCGUUCUUCUCUUUGGUAUCCCAAAUCAAACUGCUUGUCACUAUGCCGGAGAAGUUAUGGAGUGUUCUGGAGUCUCAGGAUCAUCUCUGCGCUGCUCGCCUGUGUUUGAUGGCUAAACACAUCACAGACUCUAUCAAUCAACUUACUGCGUCUGGAGAUCUGCGCAAUGCUGUGCUCCGAAAAGCUAUGAAGUACGUCAAGGAGAGGGAGAAGAGUGGGAGAGAGGGACGGCGCUGCUUGACGUUUGGGUCGUGGAAUGUUCGCUCCCUUGUGGAAAGGAGUGGCGGCGUAGCUACGGCGAGCGUUUCUGGCCGAGUAGCAGAGGACAAGAAAUGUCGUCGUGUUGCUGCCGAGCUGCGCAGGUUGAGCGUGGCGGCGGCUGGAUUGCAGGAGACACACUGGUUCGGCGAUGACAUUUAUGUCGUUGACGGUUUUACUAUCUUGUGUUCGGGUCGCCCCGUGCCUGGCGAUGGAGCUCCGGGCAACAGACGAGGAGAAGGAGUCGCCCUGGCACUCAAUAAAUUUGCAACAGACGCGUGGAAGAAUGGUGGUUCGGUCUGGCGGGCUGUGGGCCCUCGUCUUGUCACUGCACGUCUCAAAUUCGCCCUGCGUGGGGGAGAAGUCGCAUGGGUGACGGUAGUCAGUGCGUAUGCUCCGACUUAUGCAGCUCCGCGUGCCAGCAAAAAUCAGUUUUACGAACAGUUGCAGGAGGUAAUAGCUGGCGUUCCUGACAGGGACUGCUGUAUUCUGCUUGGAGACUUCAACGCCCGUGUGGGUUCAGGAACAGCUGACGAUGGCUGGAGUGGUGUGCGCGGCAUGCAUGGUUUUGGACAGUUGAAUUCCUCUGGAGAUGAGCUACUGUCGUUUGCAGCAAUAAAUAAUUUGUGGAUCUGCAACACCUGGUUCCCCAAGCGGGAUAUCUUCAAGCGGACGUGGCAGCACCCCGGCUCUCUGCAGUGGCACUGCAUCGACUAUAUCUUGAUGCGUCAGGAUCAUCGGCGAUUUUGCAGGGACGUGCGCGUUGUUCGUGGUGCUGAGUGUGGCAGUGACCACCAGCUGCUUUGUAUAGUCUUUGAGUUCCCGCAUCGCCCGGUGGGGGUUGCCCGACGUGGAGCGAGCCGGGGGCGCCGAUUUAAUGUCGGCAAGCUACGGAGUAAGGCGGUGGCCGAGCAUGAUCAAUCGGAUUCCUGCGCAUCCACGUUACAAGACGUCAACGAUGUGGGACGUCGCCCCCCGCGCUGCGUGACCACCGCGGACAAGUAUCGUGCCGCUUUAUCUACUGGAUUGCGAGAUUGCUGGAGCAGCGAUGGUAGCGUUGGGGAGAAGUGGACCCAUGUGCGCAAUACCGUGGUCGCCACAGCCGCUGAUGUAUUGGGCCCGAGCGAACGCCGUCAGGCCGACUGGUAUGAUGACAACUCUGCAACCAUACAGCCCCUUCUGCGCGCCCGCAAUGAGUGCUACGCGGAGUGGCUUGCCCACGGUCAGCAGAGGGGCGACACGUAUUGGGCCAGCUUCGGGGCUGCUCGAUCGCAAGCGCGCGCAGCCGUUGUAAAUGCCAAAGAGGCUUGGAUUUUGAAUAAGGCACAGGAGGCAACAGAGGCGCGCUUCAACGGGGCAGUCGUCUGGAAAUGCGUUCAUGCUAUCCACGCUGCAUGUGAGGGAUUAACUCCGUGCAAGACUUCCGCCAUUAAGGACGAGAAUGGAAACCUGUGCCAGUCGACUGAGGAUCAAUGCAAGCGGUUCCAGAGGCAUUUCACAUCUGUCCUGAACCCAGAGAGCUCGUACAACCCCGAUAUCAUGGCUUGCGUUGAGCAGCGACCUGUAGUGUCGAGCCUUGAGGAACCACCAACCAUGCAUGAGAUCUCCAAGGCCAUUUCUCGACUUCGCAAUGGCACCGCUGCUGGUUCAUCGAGGAUACAGCCAGAGUUGCUAAAGUUCGGUGGCGAGGAGCUCAACAACAAGCUCAUGGAGCUGUUUGGAGAUGUGUGGCGAGAUGGCUGCGUUCCGCGGGAGUGGGCGGAUGCUACCCUCAUCCCCAUUCCAAAGAAGGGAGAUUUGUCGCAGUGCGACAAUUGGCGGGGCAUUGCGUUGCUGGAUGUGGUCGGCAAGGUCUUGGCGAGUGUCCUUCAGAGAAGGCUGCAGGUAUUCGCGGAGGAAUUUCUCCCUGAGUCCCAGUGCGGGUUCCGGCGAGGGCGUGGCUGCUCUGACAUGAUCUUCACCGUCCGACAGCUCAUGGAAAAGUCAAUCGAACAUCAGGCCAAGGGUUUUUUUGUGUUUAUCGACCUGAAGAAGGCCUAUGAUUCAGUGCCCAGGGGGUGUCUGUGGCAGGUCCUCGGCCGUGCGGGAGUACCAGAAAAGCUUAUCAACAUCAUCCGGUCGUUCCACGACCCCAUGUCAGCAUCGGUGCAGUUCAACAACAUAUUAUCAGACCCGUUCAGCAUUGGCAAUGGUCUUCGCCAGGGGUGCUCUAUGGCGCCGGUCCUUUUUAAUAUCUUUAUGUGGGCCGUGAUGACCCAGUGGCAACACCGCGUCAGGAGAGUUGACGGGGUUGGCUUCGAGCUCCGCUCAGCAUACAGCAGCGAUUUAUACCGUAAACCCCGCCGUGACGACCAACACCAUUGCCUAACAGAUUCCCAGUUUGCUGACGACUCUUGUUUAUUCGCUACGACUCGGUCUGGAGCGGGGGCAGCAUUGUGCUGUCUUCACGAGGUGGCGUCGGGAUUCGGCUUGACCAUCAGUGCAACGAAGACUCAGUUUGUAGUUGUUGGCCCCGGCAUCACGCUUACUGACCGCGCUCCCCUCCAACUUGGUCAAGCGGAGGUGGAAUGCGUACCGCAUUUCAAAUACCUCGGUUCUGUAGUGGACAGCGGUUGCCGUUCGUCCCGGGACAUCGCCGCAAGGAUUGCCCAAGCCUCCAGGGCCUGCGGUGCUCUUCGGAGGUCUGUAUUCUCCAAUCCACAUCUGCUGAUGCACACCAAGCGCGAGGCGGAAUCGCAGCCGUCAUCUCCUGCUGCGAUGUGGCUCAAGGUGGCCGAUGACUCGUCAGAGUCGGAAGAUGAGGAGUCGUCACCUGAGAUAAAUUCUGAGUCUGGGGCUAGUGUCAGUAGUGACGGUAGCGACGUCGUGUCUUCAGCUGCGGAGGAAGAAAUGGAAGACGAGAUUGCGGAACGACUCCACGCAGGAUGCAGCUGCGAUCAUGUCGAUCAUUUCUCCGCACUCAUCAGCUAUUCUUUGUCAUUAUAG